AUGGACUCCCUACCUACCCUUCCCAUCCCGAUCUCAUUCAUAUCUGGUAGAUACCUUCUGUUCUCAAUCGAUGCCGUGACCUACCUGCGACGCGAGCACAACAUCUGUGGCGUGCUGAUCGGGACUCUGCCUCAAAUUCCGCAGCAGAAUGUGUUCCUGGGUCUGCCGCUCGAGCUGAUGCCAGAGGAGGCGCGGGUGUUGGUAGACAGGGGUGUAGCUUGCAUUGUAGACGAAGCCAAGGCCCACGAUGGCAUGAAGUCGCUCUUAGAGGAGGACCGCCGACAGUAUCUACGCGAACUAGAAUCCCAAGGUCUCCACGCUACUCGCAUCCUCUCGGACCGAAAGGGCCAGCAACGAGACCAGGCAUUGAAGAAGCUAGACGAGAAGGCCAAGGCCAAAGCCAAAGCCAAAGCCAAGGCUACGAAAGCUGCUGAUGACAAUGCUUCUGCGUCGUCUUCAGCACAGCAGGAUGAGCCGGCGUCGGUGGUGGAUCUCUUUGCAGAUGAUGGCAGCAACCCGGCCUCUUCUAGCAAACCCUUGACGAGCUCGACACCUGACGCUCAGCUUGCGAUGGGCAUUACACCUGCAACAUCCUAUCCACCUCUUCCUCACCCCUCCUCGUCAAGCCAACUUCUCUCGAAGCCCGAAGUACCAUUGUCCUACCCGCUCUUCGCCCACCUACACUCACGUGGUUACUUCCUCUCGCCAGGGCUGCGAUUCGGAUGCCAGUAUGUGGCCUACCCCGGCGAUCCUCUCCGCUUCCACUCGCACUUCCUGGUUGUGUCGGCAGAAUGGGAUCAGAAUAUUGACUUGAUGGACAUUGUCAACGGUGGCCGACUGGGCACCGGUGUUAAGAAAGGCUUCCUUCUCGGUGGGCCAGAGAAGUCCCGGGAAGAAGUCAACUCCGAGGCUGAGCGUGUGGAAAGUGUCCGCGCUUUCAGUAUUGAAUGGGCAGGGAUGUGA